GGGCCACUUCAAACACCUUCUGCCCUGAGCUACACUUCCCGUUAGCAUUAUUUUGUUUUGACAUGGCGGCGACAGAGUCCAGUAUCUUUGCAAUUCCAAGCUUAUUCCAAGCGUCCACCAAGGCAGUAAUUCAUAACUUACACAACUAUGAAGAGAGCCUGUGGGAGACACCAGAAAACAUCAAGCAAGCCAUUCUCCGGUUGAUGAGUAAACGUGGUCUCAUAACAGAUGAAAAUAUUGACAAGGUCUUAACUCCCAGGCUGAGAUCUCUGGAUUUGAGUGGCAGCAAAGUCUCUGAUGAAUGUCUCUUUAAGCUGUCCAGUGUGAGGCAUCUGGUCAAACUGGACCUGAACUCUUUUAAAGAGUCGAAUCAGUCCAUAACAUCUGCAGGUAUUAUAAGCUUAUCAAAGACCUGUCCCUACCUGCAGAUUGUGUACUUGAGAAGGAACAUUAAUCUCACCGAUGAUGCCAUUUGCGCAUUGUCAGAAAACUGUCCUAUGCUGCGUGAGCUUAAUGUUGGUGGGUGCAUUCUCCUCACAGACUCUUCGCUGAGGGCGUUAGGGGAGUCCUCAAAAAGUCUCAAGUCCUUGAAUAUAAUUGCAAGCCAGGUGACAGAUGAUGGAAUACACAGCUUGUGUCAAGGUGACUGCUCUCAAGUUCUCACAGAGAUAGACAUGAGCGGCUGUAAACAUCUGACAGAUGAAGCUGUGGAGCUGCUCCUACAGUCCUGUCCUCAGCUCAGGAUACUUCUCUUUGCCAGAUGCCCUGGUAUCACAGAGAACUCGAGGAUUGCUCUGGAAGAAAAGCUUCUUUCCACCGAGGGUGCCCAGAUGAAACAAGUGUCUUGGACAAUCUACUGACCAAACUGUCCGCACUCCAUCCUGAUUACAAUGAUAUGUUGACAGUUGACCACAAUGACCAGCUGUUGCUGACUAAAUGUCAAAGCUGAAGCCCUUAUCUUUACCUUUGGCGCCAGGUUACACUUACAGCUGCUCAGGUUGAGGCCAUGUUUUUGUUUCUAAUCACAUGAAUAAGUAAUAAAUAAGGAAAUCGUUUUUGUGCUCGUUGCCAUAAAAUAUUUUUUUGCUUUCAUUAGAGAUGAAGAUAUUUGAAAAAUGUUUUGUUGUUCUGGUAAUGGAAAGGAAAUAUUAAAAUGGUUUUAUUUAUAUGAGCUGAAUAAAGUACAUAAAUCAUUAAAUAUUUAUUAGUGAAAUUGAGAUUAAACUACUUAAGAUCUUAAAUGUCUAUUAUGACUUUAAACUAAAUAACUGUGAAGGAAAAAUGAAUACCCUAAAUAUGUAGAAGGCACAAAGAGGUCAAAUAAUCUCUCGUCUAUCAAAAUGUCUGUCAGAAUAUUCAAAGUGGUCUGUGUGAAGUGCUAGCCUUGUUCAGGGGCACUAGUCUCACACUCCACCUAUGAGGAGGCAGUUUAAAGGGCCUAUUACACGUACAGGCCGACCGGACAGGUUUUUGACCGUAGGCAGUCCGUACGGCAAGAUGAAAUCGAGGAAACUUGGUUUAUCAUUACACGUCACAAUUGACCUGAAGGCGGCAGCACCUCGCGAGCAACGUAUUAUACACACUAGGACUAGUUUGGGUGAAACUCCAUACGUGUGUGCACCAUGGCGCGCAAAAUAUAAAAAACGUGCUGGAAUGGAAAGUCCUUAAAUACAAAACGAAACAUGUCACUCGCGAGCGAUUUCCCUAAUUUUGAUACCGGCACGCUGAUUUUGAAUCUGGUAUUAUUUUUUAUUGUCUAUGAUGUGAUUUUUAAUAAUUUUGAAAUUAAUUCAGUUGUCCCUGGCGCAGCAAACUUCAAAAGCCGGAUGGCCGGACGUGAAACUCACAGGCAGUGGCUGUGGGUUUUUUACGUCCGGCCGGACGGACAUUCGGCAGGUGUUCGCCUAUGGUUUGAGCCACAUUUCUUAUUACAUGGUAUGACUGGCCGUACGGCCAAGUAGCUUGUCCGGUCGGCCUGUACGUGAAAUAGGCCCUUUACUGGGAAAGCUCUGACAGCAGUGUUGAGGUUAAAUUUUUACAGAUUUCACAGAAAUUAAGUCUAUAUUUGGGGUAAAAAAUUUUUCUCAGUUUACACAAGUGACUGUAAUUUCUAACGUUGAUGACUUUUUCAGUUUGUGAGGAAGGAAGAAAGUGGGUAGAGGUGGUAAAUGAAUUCAGACUUUCAAUCAAAACACUGACAGUGGUCAUUUUUUUUCUCUGUUUACACAAGUGACUUAAAAAUUUCUAAUAUUGAGGACUUAGUUUCGGUUUGUUAUGAAGGUGAAAGGGAAAAAGGGAUAAAUGUAAAUGAAUUCCAACUUUCAUUCGAAUCACUGUCUGUGGGCAGUCAAUUGUCAGAUACCUUAUGCAGUGAGUUGAGAACUUGUUUUUGCUUAAAUUCUGUGAUUGUUUCAUUGGCAUGUUAGGUACAGAUUCUUGAUUUUUGCAAAGAAAUGCUUAACCAUCUGCUAUGCUAAAAUGUUGAACGUUGAAAACAGAAUGUGUGAUAAAAUAUUCCUUUUUUAUGCUCUUUUAUUGUAGUUUUUAUAUUAUAUGCCAGUUUAAUACAGUGGAAACCAUAUAUAACAGGCCCGGUAAUAACAGGGAUUUUUUUAAUCCCCAUUUUUCCUACUCUUUGUCUCUAUUACAAGUUAUCGGCAAUAACAGGGCCUCAUCGAGGCCUAAUCGGUUAUAGCCGGGUCAAAGGCUCAUUACCAUUGUGUAAAAAGUAAAGAGAGAGAGAGAGAGAAAGGCAGAAAUGGAGCAAGCCCACGCAAGCCUAGCCACAGCAAGCACACGCAACGGGUGAAGCGAGAGAGGGCUACAGUGCGCUGCAGACUUCGAUCUAGCCCUUAGCCUAGCUACAUGCACACUUAAUGUGUUAUGCGCAGGCCUGCCACAUGGCCAAAACCCCUGAUCAUGGGAAGGGAAACUACUACACAUGAAUAAAUACACCUGGAUUAGUCCAAAAAUGCUUACUUCCCUUCCAUUUUUGAUUUAACAGGGUUCUGAUAUAACAUAACUUUUUUCUGGUCCCAUCCCUGUUAUAUCUGGUUUCCACAGUAUGUUGUUUGGUAUCUGUAUAUAUUUAUACAUGUACUCAGGCAUUUCAGUGUAUAUGCACGGACAAUGUACAUGUAUGUGUGAGCGGUGGUAUAAUUUAAUUAUGAAUGGUCUAAACUCAGUGUCUUCAGUCUCAAUAUUCUUUCUAUUUGUGAUUUAUAAAAGCAUUAUGAGAUGAGUUUGUAUCAACUGAAUGUCAUUCUUUAUACCGAAAUACUGAUUUUCUUACCAUUGCAUAUAUUAUGACAACUUUCAAACGAUGUUAUGCUUGUCAUGUCAACGGGUAGAGGAGGUGAUAGUUUUCAUGUAAGUCUUUCUAGUACUUUCGAUCACUACCUUGGGAGAUUGAAACUAAAAGUAUCUGUAGUUAAGACUUAUGACAGUACAAUGUCAUUACCUUUCUCUUUCUUGAUUGUCCAUUAUUUUGCUGAACAGGCCUACAUGAUCCCUGACAGCCUUCUGUGACUGUCAAACGUUCAUUGGCUAACCAUCACACUGUUGUCAAGCGUGGUUAUUUCGCUGUUUAUACACUUUUCUCUUUAUAUGCUGUAUAUGAGAUUUUAUAAAAUUUACAUUUAUUGAUCUCAAAAGGGAAUUAAAGUAAAUUUGACAUACACA